AUGUCCAAGCCAAUCGUUAUUUCCGGACCCUCAGGGAGCGGGAAAUCCACAAUGUUGAAGAAAUUGUUUGCUGAAAUACCAGAUAAAUUUGGGUUUUCCGUUUCAAACACCACUAGACAACCAAGAAAAGGGGAAGUUGAUGGAGUAGACUACCAUUUUCUCACUGUAGAUGAAUUCAAAAAGGCAAUCGAGGAGAAAAAAUUUAUCGAAUGGGCUCAGUUCUCUGGAAACUAUUAUGGAACGACCUUCAAGGCCGUAGAAGACGUCAGGAAAAAGGGCAAAACUUGUUUGCUUGAUAUCGAUAUGCAAGGUGUUAAAUCAGUGAAAAACUCGCAUCUAGAUGCUAGAUAUUUAUUCUUGAGUCCUCCCUCACUCGAAAUCUUAAGACAAAGGCUCGAAGGGAGAGGAACCGAGACUCCAGAGUCGAUAGAAAAAAGAUUAGCAGCAGCCAAAGCUGAGAUGGAAUACGCUGAGACUGGCGCACAUGAAAAAAUAAUCGUCAAUGACGAUUUAGACACAGCAUACAAACAAUUUAAACAGUUCGUACUUGAACAAAAAUAA